CCGCUUUCCCCCAACCCACUACCACCCUCGCCAUGUCCUUCGUCAUCCGUCGCGCUGCACUGCGUGCAGUUCCUCGCGCCCGUGGCUUUGCCGCCGCUGCCGGCAAAGGCAGCUACCAUGAGCAGCAACAGGCCCUCGUCGCUCACGCCGCUGAGACCACCGAGCUCUGGCGCAAGAUCAGCUACUACGUCUGCUUGCCUGCUAUCGCUGCCGGCGCGUUCUGGGUCCGUCAGGUUGAGGCUGAGCACGAGGAGCAUCUGCACCACCGCAUCGAGGAGAACGGCGGCAAGCUUCCUGAGCCUCCGUACGAGUACCUCAACAGGCGCACCUCUGGUGCUUUCCCUUGGGGAAACAACACCCUCUUCUUCAACCCUAAGGUGAACAAGGAUAUGGAAGCAGCCUCCGAGGAGUAGACUAGCUAGUUGUGUACCUCCUGAUACCGCUUGCCGUAAUUUUUGACAAACGUUCAGGCGCAACCAAGAACCAGUGUGACUUU